AAUCGAGUGCUCAAGCUCACCUAUACCGAAGAAAGUCCAGUCGGAAACUUGCGCUUAGUUCUUUGCUUAAGUGGUGGAGUGGUGGAGUGAAAUUUAUCACUAUAUAAGGACAGUGUAUCCAUUCGUUUUACCUCAUGUGGAGCAUAACCCAUCUAGUCAUCUUGGAUCAGAUUACACACGGACUUCGGUCUUUCAAUCUUUGGUAGAUGGUAUCUUUGGAAGAUUAAUCAGCUUACUUCCAUCUACACAAUCAACCUAUAUCUCAGUCUGUUUAAUCUGGAAAGUGCAAUCAUCACUAUCUGUCAAACUCGAACAAAAGAUCAGGAGGGAAAAACGGGUAAAUUGCCGUCUUACACGCCAUCCAAUGAGCUGCUUCUCAGCGUCGCUGGGAAGUUAGCGUCAGGAAGCAAGGUAGACGUUCUCAGCAAGGAAAACCCCGGAUUCGAUACCUUCCUGGGCCCUGCAGCCGAAUGGGGCAAUGUUGGGGUCUUCGAGGCUCUGCUCAAAUCCAAAGUCAUGCAUCUAAAUUGGCGGAACGAGCACAAAAGGACUCCUCUUCUUCUUGCAACCAUGUCAGGACAUGCACGAAUCGUUGAGCUUCUGCUUGCCACUGGCAAGGUCUAUCCAGAUAUCCAUGAUAAAGACUGGCAGACGCCUCUUCUGGUUGCUCUUGAGAGAGGUUAUACAAGGAUUGUUGAGCUUCUUCUCGCGACGGGCAAGGUAUAUCCGCUCAUGAAGGUUUCACGGGAAUAUGGACGAAGGCUUUUGGUGGAUGCAAUGAUCCGGGAUGAUACUAAGGCGCAAGAUGCUAUUCUCUCUACGAUUAAGUCCUCGAGCGUGUUAGACGAAGCAUACCAAAAGAGACUUCUCAGGGCUGCAGCCAAUGCAGGUCAUACAGGGAUCGUCCAGCGUUUAAUCGAGUUGGGUGAGAUCACUGUGAACACGCGCGAUAAACUGUUACAGACACCGCUCUAUGGUGCUGCUGCCGGGGGCCACAAGGAGGUCGUCGAGCUUCUCCUGACUACAAAAGGUAUCAUCGAAAGUACCCGCAGUAUGGGGACUGGAGGACCUGUGUUGGUAGCAGCCCGCAAUGGACACGCAGAUAUCGUACAAAGGUUGCUAGAAGUAAACAGUGAGUGCAGCUUCGACCGCGACGGACACUACGGCCGGAGGCCGCUUCAUGAAGCAGUGAUUAAUGGCCAUGUUGGUGUAGUGAAAACUCUCUUGGAGCAUGGGAUUGUGGAAGCUCACUGUCGAGCAAAAAUGGGCAAUAUAGAGAUUGUCCGGUUGCUGGUGUCGGCGGAGCGCGUUUACGUGAACCGAGCGGACCGCGCUGUUUCUACUUUCGAUUGA